AUGAAUGUGACUGAAUUCAUCCUACUGGGACUGACACAGAAUCCUCAGAUGCAAACAAUUCUAUUUGUGCUGUUACUGAUUACCUAUUUUGUUACUGUCUCAGGAAACCUGCUCAUUGUUAUCACCAUAAUCUGCAGCCAGACUUUGGACUCGCCAAUGUAUUUCUUCCUGGCUUUCUUAUCUUUGAUAGAUGCAUGCUAUUCUUCUACCAUAGUCCCUAAAAUGUUGGCUCAUCUUCUCUCAGAAACAAAAACAAUUUCAUUCAAUGGCUGCAUGGUACAGCUCUUUCUUGAACAUUUCUUAGGUGCUUCAGAAAUUGUCCUCCUCGUAGUCAUGGCCUAUGACCGCUAUGUGGCCAUCUGUAGACCACUGCACUAUGUGACUGUGAUGAACCGGCGUGUGUGCUGCCUCCUGGUGGCUCUUUGCUGGGCAGUGGGGUUUCUCCAUUCUUUUGGGCAAAUUCUGGUUACCUUCUGGCUUCCAUUCUGUGGCCCCAACAUCAUGGAUCACUUCACGUGUGACAUUUUCCCCUUGAUACAACUUGCCUGCACUGACACAUUCCUCCUUGGUCUCUUGGUUGCUGCCAACGGUGGGGUGAUCCCCGUGAUCACCUUUGCCAUGUUGCUGAUAUCCUACGUGGUUAUCCUGAGCUCCUUAAGGACUCACAGCAAGGCCGGCAGGAAGAAGGCCCUCUCCACCUGCAGCUCCCACAUCACAGUCGUCGUCCUGUUCUUUGUGCCCUGCAUUUUUAUGUAUCUGCGACCAGUAGCCACCUUUCCUAUGGAUAAAGCCAUUGCAGUAUUUUACACACUCAUCACUCCCAUGUUAAAUCCUGUCAUCUACACAGUAAGGAAUGCAGAGGUAAAAAAUGCCAUUAAGAUGAUAUUAAACAGGAAUGCAAAUUCCAAUUACAAAUGA